AUGGUCCAUCUCUUCACCAAGGUGGCCGCUGUUGCCACUUUGGCCAUCGGUCUCCUCUCCUCCACCGCCGAUGCCAUUGGUUCAUCGGCCCAAUAUACCGGCACGAUCUGCAAGAACUAUGUCGACUACGAAGUCUGGCUACCCCCAAACACAACGGUGGCCACGAUCGAGGCCAUGUUGGUAGCCCAGGGUGCCGAUAAGGCCAGCCAGAUGCCUGUUGUCUGUGCCGAACCCCUCAUGGAGUACAUGUGCUCCAUUGCGUACCCCCGCGUCCAGGCCGUCGCCGGCACCCAGAACGAAUUCGAUGUAAAGUUUGCGUGCGCAUCGACAUGCCAAAAGACCUAUGAGCAAUGCGCAAUGCUCCUCACAGUCUUUGAAAUGGAAGCCGCCAUCCCCAACUGCAACGCCCCCAUUCCCGAGUCCACAAAAUACGCAUCCCCCGCAGGAAUCAACUUCCAAUCCGACGGAAAUUGUAACGCACUCACGUCUCUCGGUGGAGCCGGUAAUUCCCUCUCCAACAUAACCGCCGAAUGUGAUGCCCCCUUUGUCACGGAUCCCCUGUACCCUGCUGGAACUGCAAACCCUAGUUACUGCAUGUACGGGUGCUGUCUUCCUUGUCCUGCACAGUAUCAUUUGUAUAGAGAGGGUGCGCUUGAAACGGGCUUUACGAUCACGAAUUAUGCGCGUGCGGUCUCGAUGGUGUUGUCUUUCUUGUUGGUCUUGACUUACCUCGUCCUGGACGACAAGCGGUCCCACCCAAGUGCCCUCAUCUUGUUCUUUGCAAUCGGAGUCUUCCUCUUCUCGGUUGUCAUUAUCUUCCCCCUCAUCGACACCAAAUCCAUGCAAUGCGCCGACCUGAUCACCCCUUCAACCCAACAUAACAACCUCAAAUGCGGCAUCCAAGGUGCAAUCCUCGUCUUUGCCUCCGUUGCCACCUGCGCCUGGUGCACAGCCCUCAUCCUCAACCUCCACUUCCACACCGUCUGGAACUCUGCUUGGUUCUCCAACAAGUACGGUCUCCUCCACGUCAUCUGCUGGGGCUACGCAUGCAUCAUCACCGGUGUCGCUGUGGGCAUGGGCCACAUCCAAUGGGAUUUCGCAACCCUUUGCCUCGUCUCCCAGGACAAGGCUUCAGAAAUCUUCUUCUACCCCAUGGCGGCCAUGAUCUUCCCUGCCUUCCUGGUUCACAUCGCCACCUUCUUCCACAUUGCCCGCAUCUCAACCAUGGCCGGCGCCGAUUCUGAAACGAUGUCCCGCUCAACCCUCUCCGCCGGUGCCGCCGCCGCAAUCUCCCACCGCCGCCACGUCAUGAUGGCCAUCCGCAUCCAAUGGCGUGCCGCCCUCAUGGCCAUCUGCGCCAUGGUCUCUGUCACCUUCUACUGGCUCUUCUAUUUCAUCCAGCUCCGCAAAAUCAACCCCACAACUCUCAGCAAGAACAUUGUGCUGUUUGUCUUCUGUCUCAAGAAAGGAACUCCUCAUAACGAGUGCGCCGAUAACUUGGCUCCUUUCUUGCCGCCCUACGGGUUGAUGAUCGCCGCCGAAUUUGUGGUCUCGUCGAUUGGAACUAUCAUCUUUAUUGUCUUCUUCAAGACGGCGCUGGUGAGGGAGUGGGCCGAUAAGCUGUCAUCGUUGGGGUACUUGCUCUCUGGAAAGAGGAAGCAAAAGAAGGAGCAAGACCAGUUCUUUGUCAUCUAA